CACGCAGUGAACCACAGGAAGGUGGCCUUCAUGCCUCCAGUAGAGGACAUCGGCCCAGAUCCACUGUUUCUCCAGUUUGUCUUCUCUGUCAGCGACCACCAUGGCGGAACCAUCUCCGACCUUGUCUUCAACAUCACCGUCAUCCCUGUGGACGACCAGGCGCCAGAGGCUUUCACCAACCUGCUGCGGGUGGAGGAGGGUGGAGGGGCCUUUGUGACUGAGGAGCAUCUCCUGGUUCAGGACCGGGACAGUUGGGAGGAGGUUCUGAGGGCCGAGGUUCAGAGAACGGCUGGCCAUGGCAGGCUGGAACUGCAGGGCCGCACGCUGCUGCAAGGACACACCUUCACCCUGCAGGACCUGAGGGAGCGCAGACUCAGGUCAGACACAGUGUGGGCAUGAGGAGAUUAUGACGGGCCCCUGAUGGCCCCACCACCAACUCUACAUUACAUUACAUGUUACUUGUUAGCUGCUUUUAUCCAAAGCGACUUACAUACUCAAUAC